AUGUCCACUAAAUCAACAGAAUAUCAACGAGAUACAAGUAAAUAUGAAAGAAAUGGUAACUAUUCAAGUAAGAGAAGUACAAAAGAUAAAAGACUAAAUUCAAAAUUACAAAAAAUUGAUAAACAAUAUAAAGAUGCAAUACAUUCAGCAGCUGGUACUGAUUUAUUGUUACAAGAAAAUGAAGGUUUUCUUGAAGCUGAUGGUCGUAUGGAAAAGACUUUCAAAUUUAAACAAGAUGAUAUAGUUAAUGUUGUAGAUCAAUCAACAGCAAAUAAAAAAUUUGAUUUAAACUUACCUGAAUUUGGUCCAUAUCAAAUUGAUUAUUCCCGAAAUGGUCGUAAUUUAUUAAUUGGUGGUAAAAAAGGUCAUGUAGCUUCAAUAGAUUGGAGAACUGGUCAAUUAGAUUCCGAAUUACAUUUAAAUGAAACAAUAAAUGCUGUUAAAUAUUUACAUAAUGAUCAAUAUUUUGCAGUUGCUCAAAAGAAAUAUACAUUUAUUUAUGAUAAACAAGGUAUUGAAUUACAUAGAUUAAAACAACAUAUAGAAGCAACAUUAUUAGAUUUUUUACCUUACCAUUUUUUAUUAACUACUGCUGGUCAAUCUGGGUUUCUUAAAUAUCAUGAUGUUUCAACUGGUCAAUUAGUAAGUGAAAUUAAAACAAAAUUGGGUCCUACUCAAGCAAUGAAACAAAAUCCUUGGAAUGCUUGUAUUCAUUUAGGUCAUGGAAAUGGUCAAAUUACAAUAUGGUCACCUAAUGUAUCUGAUCCAUUAGUUAAAUUACAAAGCUGUAGAGGUCCAAUUAGAGAUUUGGCAAUUGAUAGAGAAGGUAAAUACAUGGCUGUCAGUGGAAGUGAUAAGACCUUGAAAAUAUGGGAUAUAAGGAAAUUUAAAGAAAUUGAUUCUUAUUAUACUCCAACACCAGCUACUUCAUUAGAUAUAUCGGAUAAUGGAUUAUUAUCAGUUGGUUGGGGACCUCACGUAACGAUUUGGAAAGAUAUGUUUAAGGGAAAACAUCAAGCUGAUCCAUAUAUGAAUCAUUUACUACCUGGAUCUAAAACUGACAAGGUUAAAUUUGUACCAUUUGAAGAUAUUUUGGGAAUAGGUCAUCAAAAAGGUUUUAGUUCAAUUAUAGUACCUGGUUCCGGUGAAGCUAAUUAUGAUGCAUUAGAAUUAAAUCCAUAUGAAACUGCAAAACAAAGACAAGAACUGGAAAUACAUUCAUUACUUAAUAAAUUACCAUCUGAUUCAAUUGCAUUGGAUCCAAAUUUCAUAGGUACAGUUGAUAAACGUGCUAAAAACAUACGAUUGAAACCCGGAGAAAUUAAUGAAAUAGAAAAUAAAGAAGAUAAAUUGGAGAUUAGACCAGAAGUAAAGGGUAAAAAUUCAGCAUUAAGAAAACAUUUAAGAAAGAAGACACAAAAUGUAAUAGAUGUUCGAAAAUUAAGAAUUGAAAAGAAUUUACAAAAGGAAAAAGAAGCAAGACAAAGAAGACGUAAAUUAAAUCAAGGUAUACCCGAGGAAGAAAAUAAAUUGGAUAAUGUAUUAUCUAGAUUUAAUUAA